GGGUGGGAGGGGGGCGCCCGGCCGCCGGCGGGACGCUCCCAGCUCUGGGCUCCCCUCGGCUCGCUCGGGCCCAGCUGGGCCCGCUCGGGUCGCCGCCCCCGCCCCCCGCGCGCCCGCGCCCUCUCUCGGCCCGCGCGCGUUCCUAGGGCGCCACCUCUUUGCGACUCGCUCACUUCUCCGGCAGGUUUCCCUGCGAGCGUGUGAACAUUGCCCAGCUCGGCUUUCAACUCGCUUCCAACCUGCACCGCCCGGCCAGCAUGCCUCCCCGGCCGUGAAGCGGGGCCGCCGCCGCCCCUCCGCGCCGCUGGUAACCCGCCCUCGCCGCCACCUGGCCCUCCUGAUCGACGACACACGCACUUAAAACUUGUUCUCAGGGUGUGUGGAGUCAACUUUCCGGAAGCAACCAGCCCACCAGAGGAGGUAGACAGACAGCUAGUUGGAGUAGCUGAUUCCUAAAUAAUUGCAGGUCCCCAGAGCGAGAGGAUACGAUGCUGUGGAGGCUAGUUCAGCAAUGGAGCGUCGCGGUGUUCCUGCUGAGCUAUUCGGUGCCCUCCUGCGGGCGCUCGGUGGAGGAGCUCGGCCGCCGACUCAAAAGGGCUGUGUCUGAGCACCAGCUCCUCCAUGACAAGGGGAAGUCCAUCCAAGAUUUACGGCGUCGGUUCUUCCUCCACCACCUGAUCGCGGAAAUCCACACAGCCGAAAUCAGAGCUACCUCGGAGGUGUCCCCCAACUCCAAGCCUGCUCCCAACACCAAGAACCACCCUGUCCGCUUUGGGUCUGAUGAUGAGGGUAAAUACCUGACUCAGGAAACUAACAAGGUGGAGACAUACAAAGAGCAGCCACUGAAGACGCCUGGCAAGAAAAAGAAAAGCAAGCCUGGCAAACGCAAGGAGCAGGAAAAGAAGAAACGGCGAACUCGGUCAACCCUGCUGACCUCAGGCGUGGCUGGGACUGGGCUGGAAGAGGACUACCUAUGUGACAUCUCCGCAACAUCGCUGGAGCUCGACUCACGGAGGCAUUGAAUUUUUCAGCAGAGACCUUCAGAAGACGUAUUGCAGGAUUCUGUAAUAAUGAACAUGUGGAAAGUAUUAGAAAUAUUUAUUGUCUGUAAAUAUUGUAAAUGGCAUUGGAAUAAAACUGUCUCCCCCAUUGCUCUAUGAAA